CAGGAAAGUAGUUCCUGUGUUUUAUAACUGAUAAGAUCAAUGGGUGGGUAUUGAACUAAGGGUGACUCUUAAAAGGGCAUGAAUUGCAGAAGUUUGCUUUGAGAGUUUAUAAACAUCUCUAGAAGGAAGCAGAGACGGGAAGCUCCUCAUUACCUUUGAUUUUGACUCUGUGUUGGGCAGAUGAUUCCAGGUUUCUUUGGUUGCUGAAUGUCUACAGACUUUAGGAAGAAAUAGACGAUGCAAUCCUGUUCCCUGGUCGUUCUAUGUAUAUUCCUCAUCCCCUGCACAGCCACCUAUAAUAUUCAUUACUAUGUGGCAAAGGAAGGAGAAGCUUUGAUUGUGGCUUGCCCUUUAUAUCCACAAGCUGGCUUCCAAAUUGACUGGUAUGUUACACAAACAAAUGAAAGCAUUCCUGCCAGAGAAGGGGAACGUAGAUAUUCUUCCAGAGAUAUGCUCAAGUUCCUACCAACUUUGAUAGAAGAUGCUGCAAACUACACUUGUAUCCAGCACAGCAACAGUUCCAGGGAAUCUGCAUUGGUGAAUGUGAAGAUAUACCCGAAACAAGCUGGUUGUGUCACCCCAGAUGAUUUGAUCUAUCGGUUCCCAAUCGGGCUCUCAACCAUCUAUUGCCCUAAUCUCGAUAUCUAUAAUAAUUCAGGUGACAUUCAGUGGUUUCAGAACUGCAAACCCUUGCGUGAAGCAAAAUAUUUAUCAAGAAAGGACUUCUUGCUGAUCAUAGGUGCAACUGAAGCCGAUUCAGGAAAUUACACCUGCCAAUUUGUCCACAAUGAAAAAGGAACUAUUUAUCCGGUGACUGCAACAGUAGAAUUCAAAUUUAAAGAGAGACGAGCCUCAUUUCAUCCCCAAAUUAAAAUCCCUCCUAACAAUGCUGUGGAAAAAGUAAAACUUGGUGCCCCUGUAACUAUUUCCUGUUCAGCCUGCUUUGGGAAAGGCCCCCAAGAGAUAGCUAUUCUCAAGUGGCUUGUUGACAACACCGUUAUUCAUAGGUUCAAUGACUCCAGAUUUCAUGAGUAUCCAGGAAAAAUGGUUUCAGCAAGAGGUCAACUCUCUUGCAUGAACAACACAUUAAAAAUCACACAAGUGGAAGACAAUGAUUUCUCUUCUGAGUUUCAAUGUGUGGCCAUAAACCAGCAUGGAUGGACAGCACAUUACCUUAAAUUUAAAAAAAAAGAGUCACUUCAUCACUGGAGCACCAUCUACUUGCUCAUGGGGCUUCUUAUAUUAUUAGCCCUAUUAGCUGUCUUAUUUAUAUUGUUAAAAAUGUUCUGGAUUGAUUUUAUCCUCCUGUGGCGAGAAGUAGCUAGACCAUAUAAAUCUAGAGAAGAUGGGAAGAUCUAUGAUGCUUAUGUUGUGUACCCCAGAAAUGACAAAAUUAGUACUGAUGGUGCAAGUUCUGUGGAAUAUUUUGUUCAUAAAAUCCUCCCUGAUGUUCUGGAAAGUAAAUGUGGCUACAACCUGUGUAUUUAUGGACGAGAUCUGCUACCUGGGGAAGAUGCAGCCACUGCAGUGGAAACGAGCAUUCAGAAGAGCCGGAGGCAAAUGAUCAUCUUGGACUGUCAGGUGAUGCACUGUGAAGAGUUUGCCUAUGAGCAGGAGCUUGCCCUGCACAGCGCCAUGAUACAGAAUGACUCCAAAGUGAUUGUGAUCGAGAUGGAGGGAGUCGGUGACUACAGUGGGCUGCGGGAGUCCCUCAGGCACAUUAUUAAACAGCAAGGCACCAUCAAGUGGAAGGAAGACCACGUGGCAGAUAAACGCUCCCUGAACUCUAAAUUCUGGAAGCAAAUAAGAUGUCAGAUGCCUUUGAGAAAGACAGUUUCAUAACUGAAGUUGAAGAGUGUCCAAAGAGAAGAGACAAGUGGGAUUCUGACAUUGGUUGACUUGGAUGGUCACCUUUGAUACAAUGAUUGUGGCCUUUACUAAGCGCUUUGUGCUAAGUGCUAAGGUAGAUUCAAGGUUAUGAGAUCAGAAACA